CCCGCCCUGCUCCCCGCAGCGCGUCCCGGGCACGGGGCUGCGCCGCGCUCCCGCGGAACGUGCUCUGAUAGAACGCAGAAAUGAGCAAAGCCCUCCUGCGGCAGCCUGCGGGCCGCUCCCGGAGCCGCCCCGGGGCGGGACCGCUCCGCCGGCUGCGCAGAUAAAAUCUGGCCUUGCGGGAGGCGCUGUUCGCCGGUAGGUGAGGGGCCCUCGGUCAGGAAAGGAAAAAAAAACCGAACCAACUGAAAACCCGAAAAAAAAGCCAGGAGGAGAAGAUGGAGGAAGCAGAAGAGGAUGACAUGACAUGUGGAGACUUGGGAAACGGACUGGGGAGAAGACCGGGAGGUGUUUAUGAAGGGGAAAACUUACAACAUUCCUAUUCAGUUAGAUCUAGGAAGGGAUCUGGAAAGACUUGUAAUUCCCCUUUGUCAGCAAAGGUAGCAGAAGAAAGCGACGCUGCAGCUCUUCCUGCUCCAAAACGAAACAGCUUUUACGAUGGAUCCCUCAAAAAACCUGCCUCUAGUUCCACACGGCAGGAUAGCUGCGAAUCUAAUACUGAAGUGUCAAAUGAAGAACUGAAGCAACAACUUCAGGAAGCUCUGGAGGAGCUUGAAAUUCUGAAAGUUGAGCUUGAGGCAUCUCAAAGACAGCUGGAGGGGAAAGAUGAAGCCCUAAGAAUCCUGCAGAGCAUGGCAGUAUUUGAUAAAGCCACGAGCCAUACAAAAGCAAUGCUUCAGAAAACUGAGGAAGAAAAGAGGACUCUAGAGAAGGAAAUAAAUAUUUUGCAGUGGGAAAUUGAAUUUGAUCAGGAUAGAUUUAAAAACCUAGAGGACACCUGGACAGAAAAAUAUGACAGGAUAUACUGUGAAAAUGCAGCUCUUAAGGAAGCAUUGAAACUGAGGACAGAAGAAGUUAAAACACUUAAAGCUGAAAAUGCAAUCCUGAACCAGCAGUGCUUGGAAUUCCUUGCAAUGCUAGAUGUGAAACAACAGAAGGUUUUUCAGGAGAACAUGUUGAACAAAAGUGACAUCACUGAUUUUACAGGUCUUGAACUGGCAGUGCUGGGAGCCUGCACCUGCAGUCCUGCCGAGGGACAGCCCUGUCCCUGUGCCAGAGUGGCAGCUCUCACUCGGAAGCAGCUCCUUCAUCUCAAGGCAGAGAUGGAAAACCUGAAGAAGAGUAAGGACGAAGCGUAUAUCACGGCAGAUGCCUUCAGAAUGGCGUUUGAGCAGCAGCUGAUGCAGAGGAAGGAGCAGGCCCUGAGGCUGGCAGAAGUGAUGAACGUGAAGAAGGAGACCAGAUUUGGCAGCUGGAGACGCCUGCAGGAGCGUCUCAAGUCGGAGGGGAACAAGAGCAGCGUGGGGAGGAAGCUGUCCAGCCUGCUCUCCUCAGAGGGGGACUGCCGGAGGGUGGAGGAGCUGGACAAUGCCCACGAGAUCCUGAGGAUGUUGAUCGAUCUGGUGAACGACAAGGAGGAGGCCCUGGCGCACCAGCGCAAGGUCAGCUACAUGCUGGCCCGGGCGGCGGAGGCUGCCCCGCGGCAGGACGGGGGGCACGCGGCGGGAAGGUGUCGGCUCGGAGCCCCGUGCCUCCCGGCCGCCCCUCACGGCGCCGGCCGNGGCCGCCUGCCCCUCACGGGAGCGGCCGCCGCGCCGCCCAGGCCGCGCUCCUGGCCCUCGGCCGUGGCGGAGGGGCUGCGCGCGCUCUCGCUGUAGAGCGGGGCGUGAGGCUUUGUGGAAAAGAAGAGUCUUGUGGAAG